AUGGGAUCCGACGACUAUGCCCCGAAGUUCGAGACCCUCCAGGUCCACGCCGGACAGGCUCCCGACCCCCACACCAAAUCCAGGGCCGUGCCUAUCUACCAAUCAACCUCCUUCACCUUUAACGAUUCGGCGCAUGGGGCCAAGUUGUUUGGGCUCAAAGAAUUUGGAAACAUUUACAGCCGGAUCAUGAACCCGACGGUGGAUGUGCUGGAGAAGAGAAUCGCCGCUCUCGAAGGGGGCAUUGCCGCUGUUGCGGCUUCAUCUGGUCAGUCGGCCCAGUUCAUGACCAUCACGGCUCUCGCCCACGCCGGCGACAACAUCGUCUCGACGUCCAAUCUGUAUGGAGGUACCUACAAUCAAUUCAAGGUCAUGUUUCCCCGGCUGGGCAUCCAGACCCAAUUCUUGACCUCGGAGACUCCCGAAGAUUUUGAAAAGGCGAUCGAUGACAAGACCAAGGCCGUGUAUGUGGAGACCAUUGGCAAUCCACGAUACAAUGUUCCAGACUUUGAAGGCAUUGCCAAAGUCUGCCACGCCAAGGGGGUGCCGUUGGUGGUCGACAAUACCUUCGGUGCGGGCGGAUAUUUUUGUCAACCGAUCAAGCAUGGCGCCGACAUCGUGGUCCAUAGCACUACCAAAUGGAUCGGUGGCCACGGCACCUCCAUCGGGGGCAUGGUGGUCGAUUCGGGGAAGUUCGACUGGAAGGCGAAUGCAAAGAGAUUCCCCCAAUUCAACGACCCGGCCCCGGGUUAUCACGGCCUGAAGUUUGUGGAUACAUUUGGGCCCUUGGCCUUUACGAUUCGCGUGCGGGUGGAAAUUCUGCGUGAUCUGGGGUCCUGCAUGUCGCCCUUCAAUGCGCAGCAAUUCAUCCUGGGCGUCGAGACCUUGAGUUUGCGAUGCGAACGACAUGCGGACAAUGCCUUGAAACUGGCCAAAUGGCUCGAGGGACACAACAACGUGGCGUGGGUGUCGUAUCCCGGACUGGAGAGUCAUCCUCAUCAUCUCCUCGCGAAGAAAUAUCUUCCCCGGGGUUCGGGGGGAGUCAUGUCCAUUGGAAUCAAAGGCGGAGCUGAAGCAGGUGCUCAGGUGGUGGAUAACUUCAAGAUGAUUUCCAAUCUGGCAAAUGUGGGCGAUGCGAAGACGUUGGCGAUCCAUCCAUGGUCCACCACGCACGAACAACUCAGCGAACAAGAACGACUGGAUUCCGGAGUGACGGAAGACAUGAUCCGAAUCUCCGUGGGCAUUGAACACAUUGACGACAUCAUACACGACUUUGAGCAGAGCUUCGCCGCCAGCGAUGCUGCUCGUCCAGACGCAAAGGCCAAUACCGACAAUGCCACAGCGAACGCGAAGCCGGGGGCUGAUGCUACACUCAGUGGGGCAACCUGA